GCCUUAUGCUUUAUAGGUUUUCUUCUUUGGAUGCAAGGCUAUUCAUGGAAAACUAACUUCAAAUUCCUUACAGCUGUUUAUCAAAAAGGAUCCAUAGUAUACGCCGCUCUCUCCCUCGUUUGUUUGCUUCUCUCCCUCACGAAAAAACCCCUCUCUCUUCUCGGGUCGUCUCUUCCCUGUUUCCAUUCGUGGAGAUCCAAGUCGCAAGGAUUGAAGAGACCAGGGUUCUUCGAGAGCUCUGUCUUCUGUAGUAGCUUAUUGGUUCGAAAGAGUUCUCAUUGAAGAGAACUCAAAGAGAACCCUAGUGAGACGAAUUGAGAGUAGAGGCGAAACGACGAGGAGAGGAAAGGCAGCGGUGAGGCGAGGGAAAACGACGGCGACGACGGCGACGAGGUGCAACAUACUGAAAUUGAAGUUUCUUUAAAUUCGUUCCGAUCUGAGAAACAAUACCAACAUAAAAUCCUCUGGAAAAUGCUUAUGAAGCGGGUUGUUUCAAGCUUUAUCCCCUCUCUGGGGUUCUCUUCAUUGUCAGCAUCUAUGGUUAAAAGCGGAGAUGUUUUAAAGCAAGUGAGGAUUUUUUCAAGUUCAGAUGUUCUUGAAUAUUCAAAGCUAAGCCAUGACUUGAAUCCUCUACAUUUUGAUAUUGAGAGUGCUCAGAAUGCUGGAUUUGAAGAUCGACUUGUUCAUGGGAUGCUUAUUGCUUCCCUCUUUCCAAGAAUCAUUGCUUCUCAUUUUCCCGGAGCUGUGUAUGUUUCACAAAGCUUGCAGUUCAGAUCACCAGUAUAUAUUGGAGAGGAGGUCAUUGGUGAAGUACAAGCAACUAAUAUAAGAGAAAUCAAGAACAAGUAUAUAGCAAAAUUCAAAACAAAAUGCUUCAAACAUGGUGACCAUCUUGUUGUUGAAGGCGAGGCUACUGCAAUUUUACCAACUCUAGCUAUGGAGCAAGGGCAAUCUACAGGCUGACUUCACCUAUGGAGCAUAUUAAUUUCUGGUGGCAGUUUUUUUAGUGGCAGUUUUUUUAAUGGAAGCUGAGCAGAGAAAUAGUUAUCAUUAGAAGUCUGAACAAAACCGUGCCUGAUGUAGCCAUGGAUGGGCUUCAUCAGCGCAUAGAAAAUAGAUAAAUUCACCUUCUGCUUCUUUGCGACAACCAUAAUGUUAUAUCUCUGUAUCAUUUGGCUUACUCUUAAUUUUCUGCAUUUGUUUCCCCUGUUAUUCCUGUAAAUUUAGGUGGAUUCAACUUUCUAAAUUUCCCAAUCAAGUCUGUUCGGUUAGGCUUUUUGAAA